AUGAGAUUAGGGCUUCUCCAUUUGUGCUAUUUAUUCAUAUUCUGCCUGGCAAUACAGUGUGCGGACAUAAAUCAUAUACGUACCAAAUUACUUGUACGUGAUACUGUAGAUGACAAUCCUGAUGAAAAAGAAGGCCAACCAGAAGGAGCUGAUGAUGGUGAUGAUAAUGGCAAAGCCAAAGUCUCGAGUUACACCUUUCGUGGAAAGAUAAAGAAGUAUAUCUACAUGAAAAAGCCUAUUGAUUCAGAUGCUACAGAUGAGACUUUGCUCGCCUUAACAUCACAAAACGAGGUAUUUGUCACGCAUGAUCAAGGGAGUACAUGGGAAGAAGUUGCACCGGACGAUGAAUUUCUGGCGAUACAUUUAAAUCCAUUUGACACGAACGAUGUGUAUUUACAAAGUACCAAUGAUAAGAUUGUCUAUUCCAGGGACAGGGCUGAUAACUGGAAAUCGUUUAGAACUCCAUGCAGCCCAAUUCCAGGUGUUAGUCCCCUUGUUUUCCAUCCAACCAGAAAGUCCUAUUUGAUUUGGAUUGGUCAGACAGGUUGCGAUAAUCAAUAUUCUAAGGCCUGCCGUACUGCCGCCUUUAUAUCUCGAUCAUACGGUAAGAGGUGGCGUAAGCUCCAGGAAAAUGUAGCAAAAUGUGAAUUUGCUAAUCAGCUUGGAAGGCAUGUUGACCCAAACCUUGUUUUGUGUUUAAAGCAAUCAAACGAAGCAACAAAGCAUCGAUCCAACUUGGUUAGUUCGACCAGCGAUUUUCUAGAUGAAACAAAGAUAUUAUUAAGACAAGUGAUUGAUUUCGUUUCCAAGGACGGUUUUCUUGUUGCUGCUACCGCUAAUGAGCAGGAUAAAUUGCAACUGCAUGUUUCUAAGGAUGGGCUAACUUGGAGAGAUGCACUUUUCCCUGAAAAUCUGCGAGUUAAUAAGCAGCAGGCUUAUACUAUACUCUCCGGGAAAAGUGGUUCAUUAUUUGUACACGUGACUAUGAAUCCUCGGCAGGGAACAGAAUUUGGAAAUCUAAUUAAAUCAAAUGAAGCAGGCCAAUCAUACAUAGCAACACUUGAUGCAGUCAAUCGUGAUUCCAAUGGUUAUGUAGAUUUUGAGCAAAUGGAGGGAUUGGAAGGUGUGAUUGUGGUGAACAGAGUUGUGAACCCACGGAAAGCAAUACAGGGCUCGAAAAAACAACUUCAAACAAUGAUCACCCAUAAUGAUGGUUCUCGGUGGUCUUUAUUGAGUCCCCCUUUAGUAGAUUCCAAAGGGCAGAAAUACGAAUGCCUUGGAAAACCUUUAGAUCAAUGCAGUCUUCAUCUUCAUGGAUAUACAGACAGAGAAGAUCCAAGGGAUACACUUUCAAGUGGAAGUGCCGUUGGCAUGAUGAUUGGUGUAGGAAAUGUUGGAAGCAGACUUGAAAACUACUAUGAUGGAAAUACAUUCUUGACGAAAGAUGGAGGAAUAACAUGGAAAGAAAUUAAAAAAGGAGUUUUUAUGUGGGAAUAUGGUGAUCAGGGUUCAAUCAUAGUUCUGGUUAAUGGAAAAGAUAGCACUAAUAAGAUAUUUUAUUCGACGGAUCAGGGUGACACAUGGACAACUCUCCAAUUCGCUGACAAAAAGGUCAUGGUGCAGGAUAUUUCCACUGUUCCUAGUGAUAAUUCCUUACGUUUCUUGCUUUUCACAAGACUAUCCCUUUCUCUAGGUGACAAAACUCGUAUCUAUCAAAUAGAUUUCUCUCAAUUACUCUCACGGCAAUGCAAAUUGGAUCUGGAAAAUCCAGAAACAGAUGACUUUGAGCUUUGGACACCAAAACAUCCAUUUCAAAAGGAUAACUGUUUGUUUGGACACAAAACACAAUAUUAUCGCAAACUACCGGGCAAAUUAUGUCAUGUUGGUAAGAAUUUGGUGCAACCAUAUAAGGUCUUAAAAAAUUGCGAAUGUACCAGAGAAGACUUUGAAUGUGACUUCAAUUACUCACGUGAUAAAGAUGGUGUUUGCAAAUUAGUUCCUGGAUAUGAUCCACCUAACCAUGAAGAAAUAUGCUUUAGUGACAAUCCUCCAUCUGAAUUCUAUCUUCCCACUGGUUAUCGAAAAAUUACACUCUCUACCUGUGUUGGGGGUAAUGAUUAUAGUAAGGCAUCAGAUCCUAUACCUUGCAAAGGGAAGGAAGCGGAAUUUGCGCAAAGGUAUUCACGGAGACGUUCAUUUGGUACGUGGUUAUCACUGAUAUUUGCUGGGAUCAUCUUUACGAUAGCAGUUUUAGUGUCUUUCCAUGUGUAUCAUCGUAAGUAUGGUGUGAUCAGGCUUGAGGAUGGUGGAAAUAUGACCAUGGUUGAUGAUGAAACAGGAAUACUCGAUCGUUUCAGACGGGAACCAACCAGAACUCUCUCUGAAAUUCUUGUUUUUGGAAGAGAUGCUCUGACGAACAUUACAUCCAAGACAAGACAAUUGAUUGAUGAAUUCAAGCAGAGAAGUCAGCUUUCCUCUCAACCAAAUGCUUAUGUGGUGACUGAUGAGGAUAUUUUGGAAGAUGAAAUUAGCCCCGACAAUUCAUUUUUUGAUGAUAAUGAGGAAGCAGAGGAGGAUGUGAGAGAUUUAAGACAAGAAAACUAA